ACCUCUGGAGUCAUUCCAUCAGGUUCUGUCACUUUGCCUCAUUUCGGACAAGAGACAGCCUUAGUAAUCUCAGCUACAGAUGGAAGACUGCUGUCUACGUCCCAUCCACUGCGGCUUGCCCCAAUGGCAUCUUGAAUAUCGUUUAUAACCGGUAGACUGCUAACAUGGACCGAUUUAUAGAUAUACUGUACAAUUUUCUAGCCUCUGGGGCACUAAGGUGGGCAAGCAUCCUCAUACCUUAUAGUUUCACUUAUGUAGACUUUGAAUUCCACCCUACAAAUGUCAAUAUUUCCAUCCAUUUAGGACAGUCCGUGGAAUAUAGGAUUGGGAGGUUUGGUAUUGCAUAUUCUCUCGAACACACCAUUGAGUUUUCACAUGAGAACCUGGGUCUAUGAUCCAGUCUUCUGACGAGGUUGCAGAAACACUAGUUUUUACAUCAGCCCUCCAGACAGUUAGUCGGUUAAGUUAUAGACGCAGAACAGGAUGUUAGCAGAGUAGCGAGAUCACUUUCCAAAAUGUAUCGUGGAAGAGGUACUGUUUUCAACAAUUUGUGCAUUUCAUCAUAAAAAAGUUGAAUAUUGUUCUUAUUUGAUUUCUAACAGGACUCAGAGUUCUAAAUAAAACUACAACAUGUGCGAAUAAUUAUCCAGGGUUUUUAAAUUGCUAGCUUUAGUUUUCUGUAAGGUAAAAGUAUGGUAGGCGGCAGAAGUGGCAUUUUCGACGUCUAACAAUAGGAAUUGAAAUAACGUUUACAUUCACAUUAGUUAGGUUUUGGGAUAUCUCUCACACUGAGACAAUUUUAUCUUCGGGACAUUCAAUCUACUAAUUUCUCUUCUGCAGUUAUUCGAUUGAAACACGCAUCAGUUUGAGUUCACUUCUGAUUUUUGUGUGUUUUGUAGACUGAAGAAGUCAUAACUCAGCCCCCUCUUUCCUCACAUAAAACGAUAUGACAAAAACAGAUGAAAUAGGCCCUUAUGACAUGAAUUUCAACAGAAGAACUUGUAACUGUUAAAUAAAAACCAAUCUCACUGGGGAUUCCAGAUCCUUACGGGAUUGCAGGAGAUUAUAACCACCCAUGCAUUUCGUCCUAAUUUAGUCACCGCCUAAGUCUUUCAGUCACAAUAUACAAAAAAUUUUGAUGACAGGCUUUUCUGUGCAUCUUAAGACUGCCUUAUGUUUAGACAACCGGCCAAAUUGACUAAUAUUCAGAGCAUUUUAUGGAAGAUAUCCGCAGAUAUUACCAAGAAGCUAUUAUUUAUGUACUUGCCAACAUAAACAGAUCCAUUUCCGAAUUAUCAAACAUCAUGAAAAUUAUGAUUAAGAGAAGGCUAUAACGAUAAACAAUCAAUGAUUCUUAAGUUACCUGCGGUUAAGUUACCCACCAAUGCAGCACAGUCACUGACUUAGUGCAAGGUAGUAUUAUCCCUCUGACACCCGAAUCUGGAACCAAACAGAUCACACUAUUAUUGACCAUCAAUGUGGUGGAUGCCUAUAGGAUUGUCCUUCCUUCUGGAAGAGUUAUCUGAAUUACGACCAUGUUUUAGUCUGUGAAAGUUUUUUUUCUAUUUGGUAGUGACUGGGAACAUUGUCCCAAUCAGAAUGACACAAGCGAAUUUGAGUAUUGGUUUGUAGAGAUUCGACUGAUUAGUUACAGGUUUUCCAAUGUUUCUCUAACCGAUGUCAGCUCAUGAUGAAAUUCCGUAACAGGUAAAAUUAAUUGAGCCUGCAUUGAGAACAAAUAUCAAACUGAGCUAAACUCAACACCAGCUGUUAACUCUUCAGACAGCAGAGGCGGAGAUAGGCUGCUAAAAGAAUGUCUCAUCAAAAAACCACUGAAUUUCUGCAAGUAUUUUAUUCAUUCCUGACGCCUACGGUUCAUUUAUGGCGAGUUUAAUUCGUAAAAAGCUUGUAUGCCUUAAAUUAAACAGUGCUUGAGUAAGGAUAGAGCAACCCCAUCAAAAGAACAUUAGUGUGGGGUGCUGCUUCUUGCAACAGCUUGCAGCUGUUCCGGCUUAUCCAGGCCACUGGAAACAAGAAGUAUAUUGUGUAGUAUCAGCCUGCACGGCUGACGGCACGCCGAACAAAAAACUAAAAAAAAAUCCUAGAAUGGUGAGCAGACCAGUUCGAAAAGUAAUUUGGCUAGCCCACAGCGUCAGUAUUCAGUGUGAUAAAUCCUACCUUAAGAUGAAAGCAUGUGUCAACAUUGGCCAUCUCUCGAAUUGUCCUGUCCUUUAAAGGUCAGGUUUAUAAAAUUCCGAUGUGUACAGUCCCGAUCUUCUGCUUACCUCUCUAAACUGAUGAUGUGCGGUGAUUCCAAAUGUUUGAUCCCUAUCUCUGUAGAACUACUUGCAAAAAGUGUUCUCUCUAUUUAAGGAACUCUGAGACCCAACAGGUAAGUUUUGAUAUACUGGAAAUUGUCCUUCAGUAAUUAGUUCAAUCUUGAGACACCGACUUGCGCUGUCGGUGUCAUACCUCAGUGGCAUACUGUUUAUUUUUUACUGACUCUGUAACAAGAUGGAAAAAGCGGAGAAGUGGUCAGCCCAUGAUGUGGCUUUGUGGGAUGAAGUGUAGUUGUGCUAGGUCGGCAUCGAUUGGUGGGGUUGGACCCAAGACGUCAGAACAUUGUCUGAUAUGUCUUAAAAUGGAAACUGAUGGUUCAAAUGUAAAGGUUUCCGUUUUUCUCUUCAGUUUGAAAUCAGUGUAAAAUAAAGGAAGCUCUUUUAAAUACUCUUGAUAAUUAUGUUUAUCUGCUUUUAUAUUGGUUUGCUCCGGUUAUAUUAUUUCUCUACUCCUCAAAUUGUGAUUUUACUAUUAUUAUUUUUUGGCUCAUCUCUUGGUGCCACAAUGUUCCAGGUCAUUUCUUCAAAUAAAUGAAUAAAUUCAAAAUAUUUAGAUAGAGUAAUCGAACAUCAGUCGAAAUGGUAAUAUUGUUUAUGAUGGAGAAGUGGUCAGAGUUAUUUGUGAAACAGAACAGAUAAUAUCUAAAAAUAAGAGUAAGUGAGUAAUUAAAUUAUUAAAAUCAGUUACAUAAGAACAAUUAUAGGUGAAGUAGACAGGUUAUUAGGACAGUUAAAAUAAUAAUAAUGAUAAUGAUAAUAACUUGAAACCUGGAUAGAGGGUAGAGACAGAGGAGAAUUUUUACAUUUAUGUGAAGAUGGCUGAGGUAAAGGAAGCGGUUGUACACUUUUCAUUUGAACAUACAAUUUCGGUUUCUUCAAGUGGAUUACAAUGACUUCUGCUGUGCAUAGAUGACCAAUUGCUAGAGUGGAAUUAUGAUUAGUAGGAAUAUAAUAAACAAAUCUGAAUGCCUUGUUUAUAACAGUACUUGUUGAUUAACUAAAUGCUAAACUGACUGAAUCUCACCACUAUGAAAUGUAAUAAUUAUAAUGUUAAAACAUAUAGACUGAUUCACUGCAUUUCUAAGUGGCUAACCUACACUUAGCAUACUAGUGUAUCGGAUCCUGAUAACUGAUAUGAUUAUGAACAAUGAAUUGUGUUCAACAGGUCAUCCAGUAAAUAGUACUGUGUCACUGUGUGAUAUAUCUAAUAAACAAGUUAAUAUGGAGUCCUGAUACAAAAUCAUGGACUUUCUUAUGAUUGCAGAGUUAUUUUCGAACCCUUGAAGUUCAGUUAUUAUUUAUCUUAAGCAUUUUAACAGUAUCUAAGUAUUACCAUAGUCUUAAAAAAAACAAUAUUACAGAUUACACGGCAAGUUCCUAUCAACACAGAUGAAGAAGAUGCUGCUCAAAUGAAAGAUUUUAUCAGUCUCUUACAACCUGUUCGAAAUGAACAAACACGCGUCAUUCUACUAUUUUUACGUAGAAAGUUUGCAGAGUAUGUGUUUUUAGCUGCACGCAAACUUGGAAUGCUAGAAGCAGAAUGGGCUUGGAUAGUUACUGAACAGGCGUUGGAUGCCUCUAAUAUACCUAAUGGUGUUAUCGGUGUUCGACUACUUCAAGCUAGUGAACUUGAUCAUGUUGCUGAUGCAGUUCGAAUUGUUACACAAAGUAUUUUACACCUGGUUCGUGCUGACUAUGACGCUAUGAAACACUUGGAUUCAGUUAAAACAUGCAGUGAUAUUCCUUCAGAAAUCCAGUCAAAAUCAAGGGGAUAUGGUAGACUAGCAUACAGUUGGAAAGACUACGCUUCUAAACUGUUUCGAGAAAUGAUAUCAAUGAAUCUGACUGAUGGUAGAACUGGGCGCUUGGAAUUCGACGAGUAUGGUGACCGAAUUAAUCCAAUUUAUGAUGUAGUGAAUGCUCAACUGACCAACCACGAAAUCAGUGAUUCAUCUUCGCAGAAAUCUUUUGAAUUUGAAAGACCCACGCUAGUGUCCGUCGGUAGUUACGGUUUACCUCAGCCAACACCUAUGGAGUGGACUUCUGAUGAACCAUACCCUUCAUUAUUAUCAAUUAAUUUCAGUAAAUUAGUAUGGCCGGGCAACAGUGUUGUUAAACGUCGACAAAUGGUUUGUAUUCAAAGAAAUAGUGAUGGACAGUGUCACAAAACAGAAAAACGACUUGUACACGCUACACCAAUAAGUUUCAAAAAGAAAACACAUCUAAAAGUGGUUACAAUAGAAAGUAUUCCCUUUGUGCAUACUCGUCCAAAAUUGAAUGGUAAAUGUAAUGAAUCAGAUGAUACGUCAGUUGUCAAAGCUGAAGUGGAAUGUACUCAUACAGAUCCUGUUACUGGUGUGAAAAAGUCUUAUUGUUGCUACGGCUAUUGUAUUGAUCUUCUCCGACUAUUGGCUAACAGGACAGGAUUAGAGUUAACGCCUACUCCAUUCACUUAUGAUUUGCAUUUAGUCGGUGAUGGUCAAAUCGGUGAUGCCGGGGAGAAUGAAACACACAAAUGGACAGGUAUUAUAGGUGAGAUUCUGUCGGGCAAGGCUGAUCUAGCUGUUGCUCCUGUCUCAAUUACACCUGAAAGAGCUGCACGAGUGGAAUUCACAAAACCAUUUAAAUAUUUAGGAAUUACUAUUUUAGUCAAACGAGAAAGAGCCAAAUCGAAUCUCGGUUCGUUUCUACAGCCUUUCGAAAGUUCACUGUGGGUUCUGGUGGCUUUGUCUGUACAUGUUGUAGCUUUUGUACUGUAUUUAUUGGAUCGAUUUUCCCCAUUCGGUCGCCUCAAUACAAAGUUAAAACCAUCAGAGAAUGAUAAUAACACCUAUUUAACUCUGCAACAACUGACAUCGAAAAAGCAAGCAUCCGAUAGUAACUCGCUAGUUUUGUUAAAUUCACAUGCAAACAAUUCACGGAAAGACGAAGGCAUAAAUCUUAGCGGUGCUGUUUAUUUUGCUUGGGGAGUUCUUUUAAAUUCGGGAAUAGGUGAAGGCACUCCACGAUCUUUUAGUGCUCGUGUUCUGGGUAUGGUUUGGGCUGGAUUUGCUAUGAUCAUCGUGGCCAGUUAUACUGCAAACUUGGCUGCUUUCCUUGUUUUGGACAGACCUGAAGCAUUAAUAUCUGGAAUCGAUGAUGUUCGACUUCGUAAUCCUCAAAAAGAUUUUUUAUUUGCUACUGUUCGUGGUAGCCCAGUGGACAUGUACAUUAAAAGACAAGUGGAGUUCGCUACCAUGUAUCGUGUUAUGGAGACGAGUAAUUAUGAUUCUGUUGAAGAAGCCAUUCAAGCGAUUAAAUCUGGUUCUCUGAAAGCAUUUAUUUGGGAGUCAGCAAGACUACAGUAUGAAGUUUCAUUGGAUUGUGAAUUGAUCACCACAGGUGAAGUAUUCGGUCGAAACAGUUAUGGUUUAGUCAUGAAAAAACGUAAUCCAUGGCUGCAUGAAUUAUCACAAGCUGUUUUAAAUUUUCAUGAAAGAGGUAUAAUGGAGACGCUAGAUACAGCAUGGAUUCAUUUAAAAUCGAAUAACUGUGAAAGAACUGAGUCAAGUCCUGCAACACUUGGCUUAACUAAUAUGGCUGGUGUGUUCAUUAUGAUUGGUAUGGGUCUGGUGGCAGGCGUUGUUUUGACCUUUGUUGAAGUCCUAUGUGUUAAACGUAAAGGUGAGAAGAAGAAAAGAAUUGAGUUAUCAACUGCUGCAGUGCAACAAUGGCGUGAUGCUGUGCAUCGUCGAAAAAAUGAAAGGUCUUUGAAGGCACCAAAUCAGCAAAUGAGGUUUUGCUAUAAGAGUAUAUCUUCUGAGGAUACUAAUAAACAAUCCGUUGAAGAAGAAGAAGAAGAAAUGAAAGAUCAGUUACAUUCCCCUACUGCCUAUUCGCAAAAUAACUCUAGUCAUAAAGAAUGUGUCAGUAAUAAAAGUGACCUGUCAGUAAAUACUAAAGCAGAACAAUGUAAUGUCGAUGAUGAUUCAUUCAUCACUAAAACGAACACUUGUCGUAAACGUAAAGCCAUUGACUGUAGUAACGGUGACAAUGCUUUUAGUGAUACACCAGCGAGUUUUGAUUUUUACACCAGCAAUAAUUUCAAUCAUUUCAAUGAAAAUGUCUGCAUAACCGCUUAUCACUGCAGUUCAAGGUGCAAUAAAGUCAACGUUGUUGAUGACAAACAAGACGGUAAAGUUGAUAAUGAUUAUUAUGUGGACAGUGACAAAUUCAGAAGAGGUGUAAAUCAUGCUGUUAAAAUUAGUAAUAUUAAUUCAAAUAUAAUUUCAAGUGUAUAACACACUUUACUAUAGUAAACUAGUGUUCUUUCAUGAAGUAAACAGAGUUCCAGUUUAAAAGACUAGAUGAUAAAGUAUAUAUAUAUAUAUAUAUUUUAGAUAAUUGUCUCACAUGAACCUACUGAAAAAAUAGUAUUUGUAAUCUCUGAAUUCACUUGCGUAAAUCUACAACUUUUAUACAUAAAAAAAUAUCAUAGUGAUUUGUUACUAAUGCCUUUGUUGUUGUUGUUGUUGUGUCUGUUAUCUAUUUUAGUCAUUUGUUCUCUCCUAAAUACGAUUGUUAUUCACCUCUGUUAAACAUAUUUUUAAUAUUUCAUAGUUCUUUUCUUUGAAUUUUAAGUUAUGAAGCAAGCUUCACAUUCUAUCGUUGCUUAAUAAUACAUUCUUAUUGCGUUUUUGUGUUUUCAAGUCACUUUACUUACUUUUUUUGUAUCGUUAGUUGUUUCUAAUUAAAAAUGAUUGUCAGUAGUCAAAAGAAGAGUGCAGGGGUGGGUGGGAGAAAAUCACGAAAUAAUUGACUACUUAAAUAUAUGCCUUCUACUAGAUUAGAUAGUCUCCAAAUUGACUGUCUAUUAAAAUAACAUUCUUGUCUGCUUACUUUCCCCAAAUAAUUAUGUCUCAUUGUUCAUUUGUUCCGCUUGCUUUCAUUUGUUUUGUUGUUUUUUCAUUGAAAUAAAGGAAGAAGUGAUUUGUUUAUCUCCAGGCUGUCAUUUUAACUUUAAAAUUUAAUUUGAUAUGCUAUUCCAUUCAGUUGAACCUUUAAAUAAUCUUGUGAGCUGCUGAAAAUUGACUUAUCUCUUCCCCAAUUUUUUGUUUCUAUUCUGACGCAAUAUUUAUUUAUGCCUUGUUGUGAUAUUUGUUAAUUAUUAUAAUGUAUAUUUAUAAUAAUAGUGUCUUACCAGAAAAUAUUUUACCUCUUCCAUUUAUUCAGAU